CGAACUGAAGGAAGUUUACAGAUCCCGGCAUCCGCCCUCGCCACAAACACAGAUGGACGAACCACCACGGUGGUAUUUGCUGCCCGAUCGAGAACAUCGCUGGGGCACUCAUCUGCAGUCACAGCCAUCUCUCUACCAGUUACUGUGGGUACCUUCCCCUGUGGUGCCCAUGGAGAUCGAUGACUCACCGCCACCGCCGUCGCCGACGCCGCCGUUUCCACCCGCCGCUGACGUCACCUGCACCGGCACCUGCCCAGCUGCCCGAAACGGUGUCCGUGAACGUCCCAUCCCCAGAAGGUCAUCACGCCACUCCAGGAGAUCAUGUUGCUGUCCAGCCACCUACAGUGUCUAUGUCUCUGGAUGCAAGCAUGCAUGAUGGUCUGGUUUUUCAGCUGGUGUUCCCAGGGGCCCUCAUGGUGGAUACAGCUGUGCGGGCAGCGAGGCGCCAUUAGCCACAAUUCCCCUCCCUACCCCUUCAUCUGUGACCACAUCCAGUCUUCCCUCCCUGCCGCCAAUGCGUGCCUCUGCCCUUCAUGAUGGCGGUGCAGAGGUUUUUAUGGGGGGAGGGGGGAUUGUGGACUUGCACAGAGAUCGCGUUGCCACACCAAAGUCGUCACACAGACAUUAGUGAGGUCUCGCUACAUCCGCAGUGACGUAUGAGACGUGCUCUUGAAGACCACGUCUCCCCUCUCAGAAUAACAGCGACCUCUCGCUGAGAUCAAUGUAGAAUCAAGCUAGCAAGAGCUCUCCCCAGUUCGUGACCUCAUCUGAAGGAAUCAACUACAUAGUAUAGGACUAGUUACACUUCUGAUCUAUUUGUUCAUUUAAGUGUGGGACAGUUUGUUAAUCUGUGCACUAAGUGAUGCUUUGUUAGUCCAUAACAGCUGUGAAUUAGCCAGCACUCAUGUGACAAAGAAGAAUGUCAAAGUAAAUCUCUUAUUCGUCUAUGCAAUAAAGUAAACUAAUGUUCCAUGUGUUCUAGUAUGAUGAGCCUUCUCGCAGAACAGUCGAUGGAUCCACAGUUGUGGCCAGACGAAAGUAGU